UGGCACGCGCGCGCAUAAAGAAGCCGUUUUAGGAGGAGGGACCGGAAGUAGUUUUUUUCCUUCACUGUUUAAUUGGGCUUGAGUGAGAAAUUUGUAGCCGAAGCGUCAACACGGAUUUUCUUUGGGAUAAACGGACAGGGCUGGCUGCUAAAACGAUGCCACACUCCAGACGGUACCCGUCCUCGGAGAGGGCCAGCCACAGCAGCUACCAAGAUCGUUAUCGGGACAGAGACAGAGAGCGAGGGAGAAAACCUCGGCAUCGCCGUUCGCCGACAUUCUCCUCCAGUAGUGAACGUGAGAGGAGAGGGAGAGGACACAGGCAGGAUGCCGGCUAUGCUCGAUCCAGGAGCUACGACAACCGCUCUUCAGACCGCAGGCCAUACGACAGACACUACGGCGAGAGCCAUCGGCGCCUGGACCACAGCCGGGAACGGGACAGGGAUCGCGACAGGGAACACAGGACGCCGAGCAACUACUACUCCCGCGACGCCUCGCCCAGCUUCGACUUCCGACGGGGCCGCGAUCGGGACCGCGAGGACUCGUACCGGAGGAAAGGCAGCAGGCGUAAGCACAAACGAAGGCGGCGUAGAACCAGGUCCUAUAGCCCAUCCUCCUCGCGGAGUGACAGCGGGACACGGGCACUGUGUGUGAGGGACGACGAGGAGGGUCACCUGAUCUGUCGGAGUGGCGACGUCCUGCAAGAGAGAUAUGAGAUUGUCAGCACUUUGGGCGAGGGCACCUUCGGGAGGGUGAUGCAAUGUAUUGAUCAUCGCAGGGGUGGAGCACAUGUCGCUCUGAAGAUCAUCAAAAAUGUGGAAAAGUACAAAGAGGCUGCCCGGCUGGAGAUCAACGUACUGGAAAGAAUCAAUGAAAAGGAUCCUGAGAAUAAGAAUCUGUGUGUGCAGAUGUUUGACUGGUUCGACUAUCAUGGCCAUAUGUGUAUCAGUUUUGAGCUCUUGGCUCUCAGUACUUUUGAUUUCCUCAAAGAAAACAAUUACCUGCCCUACUCCAUCAGCCAAGUGCGUCAUAUGGCCUACCAGAUCUGCCUGGCUGUCAAAUUUUUGCAUGAAAACAAACUGACCCACACAGAUCUGAAACCAGAGAACAUUCUCUUUGUCAACUCUGACUUCACAAUCACAUACAAUGUGGAAAAGAAGCGAGACGAGCGUACUGUGAAGAGCACAGCAGUGAGGGUGGUGGAUUUUGGUAGUGCUACAUUUGACCAUGAGCACCACAGCACCAUCGUUUCUACCAGGCAUUACAGAGCACCUGAAGUUAUUCUAGAAUUGGGCUGGAGUCAGCCGUGUGACGUGUGGAGUAUAGGCUGCAUCCUCUUCGAGUACUACCUCGGCUUUACACUCUUCCAGACUCAUGAUAAUCGGGAGCAUUUAGCCAUGAUGGAGAGAAUUUUGGGCCCUGUUCCUUCCCGAAUGAUUCGCAAGACUAGGAAACAGAAAUACUUUUAUCGUGGACGCCUGGACUGGGACGAGAACUCUUCAGCAGGAAGAUACGUCAGAGAAAACUGCAAACCUUUACGGAGAUAUCUUCUAUCAGAAGCUGAAGAGCAUCAUCAGCUGUUCGAUCUGAUCGAGGCCAUGCUGGAGUAUGAGCCCACGAAGCGUCUCAGUCUCGCUGCGGCCCUGAGGCAUCCUUUCUUUCAGAGCACCAUCAGCAGCGCUGACCAGAGCGCAGGCAAGAGCUGGGAGGGAAACCGCGACAUCAGCCGGUGACAAUGAUUCAUCUUCAACCAAACGUCUCUGUCUUACGCCAAAAAAACUCGAGGACUCGCAUGCCAAGAGAGUUGUGGAGCUGAACUGACAUUGAGUAAAGUUUUAUAGUGCAAGAGAACCUAAUGAAGCAGGUGCACAGCAUAUGAUUUCUCGAUCAUCUUCCCAUAAUGUGAGAACCAUGCGCAGCAGGAGAAUGUGAGGAACUUGGCACAUCUAAAAGAUGCUUGAUUGGACUUUCGGAAGGGUUGUUGAGUUAAUAUACCCUCUCAAGUUCAGUUCUUCCAGCCAAUUGUGGCUAAUGGUUUUUGUGGACAGCCAUAAGUGGUGGGGGAAAAAGCAUUAAUGUAACACUCCAUUUUGGAAAACAACUGACAAACAAGCAUCACUGUUACAAUAUAAUUAUUUAUCGGGCGAAUACCUUAGCUGAUAAUCGCAAAUGCAUUGCGACACUGUUUGUAUUCAGUUCAAUUUAAACCAAGUAACAGAGCAGCAGUGUUCUGGUGAUUGUGUCCCUCAACUCGUUUACAGUAUUUAUUUAGUUAACCGGACGUCUCCUUUUGUGUGUUUGUAUGGAUUUGACUAUAAAUGUGUAAAUAUGAAUAAACAUGUUGUGACUAUA